CCGCGCGAGCCCGCGGCGGACCUUGGGCAGGUCUCACCUGGGCAGGUCCACACGGGAAGGGCGCCUCCUGUUGUUUGCAAAGUUGCCAUGCGGGCCAGUGUGCCCGAUGCCCCAGCCCCGGCAGCUGGUGACCCCGCGCCCGCGCCCUCGCAGGAGCUGGAGCUGGUGGAGGACGUGUGGCGGGGGGAGGCGCAGGACCUCCUGUCCCAGAUCGCCCAGCUGCAGGAGGAGAACAAGCAGCUCAUGACCAACCUCUCCCACAAGGACGUCAGCUUCUCCGAGGAGGAGUUCCAGAAGCACGAAGGCAUGUCGGAGCGGGAGCGGCAGGUGAUGAAGAAGCUGAAGGAGGUGGUGGACAAGCAGCGGGACGAGAUCCGCGCCAAGGACCGGGAGCUGGGCCUGAAGAGCGAGGACGUUGAGCUGCAGCAGCAGCAGACGCGGCUGAUGAAGAUCAACCACGACCUCCGGCACCGCAUCACCGUGGUGGAGGCGCAGGGCAAGGCCCUGAUCGAGCAGAAGGUCGAGCUGGAGGCCGACCUGCAGACCAAGGAGCAGGAGAUGGGCAGCCUGCGGGCGGAGCUCGGGAAGCUACGCGAGCGGCUGCGGGGCGACCCCAGCCAGAACGGCGAGCAGGAGCCCGAGGCGGAGCCCGGCGGGGAGGAGAGCAUCUCGGAGGCGGAGAAGGCGGCCAUGGACCUCAAGGACCCCAACCGGCCCCGCUUCACGCUGCAGGAGCUGCGGGACGUGCUGCACGAGAGGAACGAGCUCAAGUCCAAGGUGUUCCUGCUGCAGGAAGAGCUGGCGUACUAUAAGAGUGAAGAAAUAGAAGAGGAAAAUCGAAUGCUCCAGCCCCCGCCCAUCAUCCACCCGAGGAUGUCCCCCCAGCCGGAGUCUGGGAUCAAGCGACUGAUCUUUACAGCCAUAAUGCCCAUGGUAGCGGCUGGACUGAUCCUCGACGACCCCACCCUGCAGCCCGUGCGACGACUCGUGUCCCUCGUUUAGCUUCUUCUCCCGGGAUAAGAAGCGGCUGGC